AUGAGUCUAGCACAGGCAGCACCCAUCAGCGCCGGGCAGACGGCUAUGAACCCCUCCAUGGCCGCCCACGUCGGCGCCGACAGACUAAGCGGCGAUGCGACGUUCCGCUCUUCGAGUCAUCACACUUCAGAUGCGGACGGCAGCAAGAAGGAUGUGAAGAACAAGGUGCGCGGACUGUUCGGGCUGGGGAAAAAGAAGGAAGAGCCCAACGUCUCCAACAAGUCGGCACCCAAUGUCACCAGCAACCCCUACUUGUCACGAGACCCCUCGCGGACGUCGGCUCGAUCUGCGGCGUCACCCUACGUUGGCGACCACUCUGCGUCGCCAGUUCGCGGAAUGUCCACCUCCCCGCGAAUGAUCUCGCCAGCAAGCUCUCAGAUCUUUGAACGAGAUGUCGACAACAUGUCAAUUAAGCCUCAGUCGCCUGCCAUCCCGUCGCACAUCCAAACCGAAAACCACAUCCCCCCCGUCCUAGAUGCGUCAUCCGAGGCCAUCACCGAUAGCCACCUCGACCCAGACUCCGUCGAGAUCGUUACCCAUGCUCAGCAUCAACCCGCCGCAGCUGCCGUGACUGGCUCAAGUGGAACGCCCCAUGCCACCGAUUCCAUGUCGGCAUCCUGGACAGACGAGCUCCGCGCAUUUGCCGACCGCGACGACGCAUCCAAUUUCAAUUCGCUCGACAACGCCGACGUCCGAAGACUGAGUUUCAUCUCCUUCGCCGAUGUCGUGCAAGCCGAGCACGGCGGCCUCGCCGGCGUAGGAGGCUCACGGGACUCGGCGCACGUUGCUGGCCUAACAUCUCUCUCGUCCAUCAAUGCCCGCUCGCCCUCGCCCAUCCGGUCGCCCGUGUCAUCGCAAGGCCUGGGCACCUCACCGCCGACGAGCAACCCGGCAUCCGUUAAGGGACUUGAAAUGUCCCCUGGCCGGAAAUCUCUGGGCAGCCCCAUUUCGUCCCAUCACAAUCUCAACAUGAGCGGCGAGCUCAAUAUUGAGACGAUGACGCAGGCGCUAAGGCGCACGGGAAGCUCGGAUCUCAGCGGCGUGCGCAGCUUCCCCACAAGCCCGGUUGAGGGGCCCUCGCGUUGA